AACAGCUCCCAAGGGCCUUGUAGUGGCCGGCCAGUGUGAAUCGGACUUUAGCCCGCCAUGCGCGCGAGUUUUUGGCAACUGGUGAACGAUUUUAGACUGAUUUUUUGCGAAAAAACUGGUGAUUUGAGUUGUUGAUGGUGUCCUAGUUUUUUGGAAUCUGUUUUGGAGGCGUUGGAUAACUAUUUGACACAAUGCUGAAGUGGACCGUCCUCCCUCGCAAAGAACCUUACAACAACAUCGAGCCGAUUCCCACCAAAAUACCAUCCACCGAAACACUCCCACAAACUCCCAGACAGAAAACCAAACGAAGACGUUCCAGCACUUCCAGAAGAUCAACCGGCCACAAAAGAUGUAGUAUGGACGCUCUGGAUGACGAAAAAGAAAACCCUUUUCACUCCACACCCAUCAAAAACACCUCCGGUGAAAAUAUCCUAGCUUUCGAAAACAGUCCGUUUAGAGAUGUCAGCAAUUUAACCCCAAACGACUCGACUUGCAAGCGAUCUGUUACAGUAAAAUCGGAGAAAAAGAGUCCAAAAAUUCUUAAAAAGAAAAAGCAGUGUCUGGAUAAUCAUGUCAAACCCCGAACCAGUGAUACCAGUAACUAUUUUAAACCUUUCGAAGCUGUAGAUUCGCAUAUUGAGUCUAUUUUAGCUGAGGAACUGUGUAGUUGUAAGAAAACUACAACAAAUAAAACCGAGGAUCCUCCUCCUAACAAAAAACCGAAACUAGAAAAGGAAAAUACGUUCACAGUGACUCCUCUAGUGAGAAAAUUUCUUGAUCUUGGCUUCAGUAGAGUCAGUAUAGAAAACGAAGUUAACAAUUCUUCUUUUAUCAACGAUAUGUCUUUAGAUAAGUUAGUUGAAGCUCUUUUGGAUACUACUAGCAAAGAAGAAAAUGUAUCUCUUAAUACUAGCGUAAUAGUUAACGUGGGUAAUGAUUUAGAAAAGGAAAAUAACCUUAAUGAAACUAGAGAGGAGAAUAUUAUUAAUACUCAUCAAGAGAGACAUAAUAUAGAGUUACAUUCUGAAGCCUCGUCGGAUUCAGGUUUUAAAAGCAGCACUAACGAUAAUUCUCAUCAGUUAGAUAAUAAUUUUCAGUGCAAGUGUAACAAUAAUAACAAUAAUGUACCCUUAGAAAAGACUAUUAUUCAAAUAAACGAAACCUUUAAUGAAAGAUGCGUGGAUGAAGAAAGCUCUAGAAAAAGACUAUCUGUUUCAGGAGAUAUCGACGAUCUGUCAAAGAAAGCUCGAAUUGACAACGAACAUACGUUAAAAAGACAGAAAGGUAUACGAAGAAAAAAAGUUGAUCAUUUCCGAAAAAGAAUGCUCAAAAUGAACAGCUCUAUCGAGUCUGAGACUAUAUCUCCGUUUUGGUCUACGCAAAAACGAUAUUUGUCACCUCAAGAAGAAGAUUCAUUUAAUUAUGCUUGUGGUCCGUUUGAGAAUACGCCUCUUAGAGGAUGUUACUUGGAAAAUAAAGAGAUUCUGAGGACUCCGUUUGUUGAGACGCCUACGGAAGAAAACAGGACUAUUAAAAAGUGUUUAGUGUUCGAUUCGGAUACUAGUAAUUCGUCUAGUUUUGCUGAUAGUACUUUUAAGCAUAGCGUGGUGGAUGUUAGGGGUAGUCUGGACUUGAGGAUAUUCGUCUCGGAUAGCGUUCUUUACGUUAAUGUAAUAAGGUGCUCAGAUUUAUACAAACCAGAAAGGGAAUCCAUUAAUGCUUAUAUUAAGGUUGCAAUCUCCGACGGUGUCUCAGGUACCAGAAGAAAAAAGAACGGUCUCUUGCAAAGGACACCAGUCCAAAGCGAGUCUUCGAAGCCCACCUUCAAUCACACCUUCAGGUUCCCUGUAACGCAUCCCAACGAUUGUUCCAAAAGGGUACACGUUGAGGUUUGGCACAGGGAAAGGAUCACCAAAACGAGCGAGUUCCUCGGGUGCAUGUCUUUUGAAGUCAAGGAUGCUUUCAGUAAGGUUAUCGAAGGAUCCUAUCGUUUGCUUCCUCAAUCCGAAGGUCGAUUGGGUAACGUGCUGAUCUCCAAUGAAUUCGUGGACAGCGACUUUCAGGUGACCUGUCACCGGCAAGUCAGCGACAUGGGCGAGAACAGCCAGGAAGGGUGCGGCAGUGUCACUGAGGAGAUAUUGAGCUUGGAUGGCAUAGAUAACGAUCUAAAAAGGUCAAGUAAUAAAGCCAUAUUAAGCGAGCAGCAGAAACAUGCAGACGAGAACUUAUUCCUUAGAUACCUGGAGCUGGAUCCGACCGAGGGCCCCGACGCCAUUCCAGCGGCUAUGCAGAGAAAAGCCACUGGAAAUAAAUUCGGGAGGACACCGUUCACGCAGACCAAGCGUCUGGUCAGGCCUCCCAAGUCCGGCUUCGGCUUCUCGGUGGUGUGGACCCACCCUCCGAGAAUCGAAAGGGUGGAAAAGGGACUGCCCGCUGACCGGGCGGGCAUCCUGCCAGGAGACUACAUCAUUUUCGUGGAUAAGAAUAACGUGGUCAUGAUGCCCGAGAUCGAUAUCCUUAAUCUCAUUAGAUCCUACGGCAGUCAAUUAACCCUGGAAAUAUUCCGGAGGAACCCUUCGCGCAACGGAUCCGUGCCUAGUAUGCUCCAAAAAUCCACCACCCUGAUCGCGCCCAGUUCUCUUCGAACUGACAGCAACGUCAACAUACCGAGCAGCACCGCGACGACGGUCGCUUUUCAGCCUCGUAGGCCUUCGACAGUGUGCUCGACGAAUACGGCCUCGGUCGACUAUCGUAGGCGGAAACUGAACCUCCCCCAGGUCACCUUCAGUUCGGAGAAACCUAUAUCUAACCCUGAAGAGAGUAGAAAACGUACCAUGUAUCAGUUGAUAGCUAAAGAGCAACAAUACGCAACGGCACUACAGUUUGCAAUAACACGAUUCGUCUCAUCGUUAGCUGAGAGAAGAGACCUAAUAACUCCUUCAGAACAUCGAAUAUUGUUUCAAAAUUGUGAGGAACUUCUCAGGAUAACUGAAGAUAUCUUAGACCAUCUGGUUCACGAGGAUGGUGAAAUGGACACUGGCCUGCUUUGUAGGGUGUAUAGAUGUAAGCUACACGAAAUGACAUCAGCUUAUAAGAAAUACUGUGCCGGUAUUAAAAAAGCUGAUUGCGUGCUAGCGAGUAAAAUGAAGAAUAGCAACUCAGAUUUUGUUAGGUUUGUUCAAUGUCCCACCAUCCCAAGACGAAGACCAGAUCUUACUACAUUUAUUCACAAACCUUUAGAACAUUAUAGGGAAGUUUUAAAAAUUCUCACGGCCGUCCAAGGUCAUACGAAAUCAAACCAUGAAGAUUUUCCUGUGAUAAACCAAAUUGUUCACGAUUUGCAAGUAACGUAUAGAGAAAUAACAUCGGAAGGAGGUCUAAUGGAACCGUGUGGUGAAGGUAGACCUUUGCUAUCAGUCCAAGAUUUAGAAAAUAGAUUAGUUUUUACUAAGUGUAAGCCUUUUGUUUUAAACAAACCGGGCCGCCAAUGGAUAUUUGGUGGCGAUCUGAGCAGGGUGGAAGGUCGAAACGUCCGACAGUACUGGACGUUGCUCUUCAGCGACAUGCUGCUAUUCGCCAAAGCUUCCAGGGAUAGGGUACUUUUUAUUACAGAAGAUCCGCUGCCUUUAGUUCACAUUACAGAUAUGUUUUUUGAUGUUAGGAAAAAAGAAAACGAAUUUCGGAUAUGCGUCAACGCGGACGCGAACAAACUAGCGUCCAGCCCUACUGUCCACUGUGGACCGGACCUUAGCCGAACCCCCCGGAAAAACUCCAACCGGAAAACUGUGAUCCUGCGCGCGCCUACGACUGAACUUAAGGCCGUGUGGCAAAACUUACUUCAACGGCAAAUCUUCCAGCUGAACUCCGGCCUCGAGAGCAAUUCGCUCAGCUCACCAAUGGAAUCGCCCGAAGUACCGAUCACCUCGUCGGUCGGUACGCUCCAAUCCGUCGAGACCAGCUCGCUGCGACGUCAGGUGCGUCUAGUACAUGGCAACACCGCCUUUUUUGACAUACCGGGCACGUUCCUAGACCACCACCAUCACCACGAUACGCCACCAGACACACCCGACCCGAAACCCUUUACGAAACCUUACAGAGUCCGAAUCGUGUCAGACGAUAUACUUGACGAUGACGACGAGUACGAGACAAUACCUGAAAGUACCAAGCUGAGUAGGAGCUUGGAAAGCGAGUCUAGGAUGAGUUUUUUUAAGUCGAGACCGAUGUCGAAAACGCCAGAGACUCCUAGCGCAAAUCUGUCAUCCCAUACGUCGUCUGAAGGGCAAUACUUGGAUUUUUUGCACUCUAGAACUCAAUCUUCUUCUUGGUUAUAUUCAGCAAAAACUUCGUAUACCCGUUCAACAAAACCUCUUUCCUCCACCAAGAGUCCAAGUGGGUUAGAUUCUUCUUCACUUCUUAAUCGAAGUCCUAGUGAUGAUGUCUUCCUGUCAGAUAAUGUAGAUCAACAAAAAAUGAGUAUAGGAGAAGCGCCUAGUCCGAGUGCUAUCUUGACUCCUAGUACGGAAAUCACUGACGAAUCUGAUACAAGCGACCAUGAUGAGUUUGACUUGAGAGAUGACAUUUGGGAUAUUAGUCAGUUUGAUUAUGAUCUUAGUAGCCUUAAUAUCGAUGGCAUGUCGCAAAAUAGCAGCAAAACACCACACACGGAUGAUUUUCCCCCCAAUUUACCUGACGAUCGACACCGCAACUGCAGCAACGAAACGUUGUCGAACAAAGAGGCGAAACGACAGAUCGAAUGUUUGAUCGAACACAAGUGCAAACAGAUGGGCAGAACAAGUUUUAAUGGCAAAUGUAACGCUAUCCAUUUAGAGCAAUGGAUGAAGGGACAGUUGGAUGAGGCUGGACCUCACAGUCCGGUAAUAGAGCAGCUGAACGAAGACUGGACCGAGGAGAUGUUGAGGAAGAGAAGCGAGGAGCUGCAACUAAUUGAUCCAUUAGGAAAUAUCACAUCUUAUGGAGACACCAGAAGACAUGAAAACAAAUGUGAAGAACUGACAUUAAGCGAUCAAGAUGAACAUAGUCCGUCCAAAAGUACUACAACAGAAAGCCAAGUUACUGUUCGAUCCAGUCCUAUAGUACCAGAAACCGUCCAGGUUUGCCGUCAGUGCCACAAGAACUGCCUUUCCAACGUCAUAGCCAACAACAAGCUCAAUCAAACGAAUCACGUUCGAGACUGCAACAGCAAUCAGCAAUCUAACCAUCUCUUCAACGACCACAAUCAUUUUUCGGAGAGGCAACAUGAGCAACAUUCCAAACAAAAAGAAGAUUCCGAUUGGCAACCACUGCUUCUGCUAGGUCUGUGUGCCAAUCCUGUUGCCAGUCUCGUCAAAAUGGACCCCUUUCAGUCAGCAGCACCGAAAAUAUCAGUGGCACCGCCAACACCAGAGCAUUCUAUGGCAAAUGGUACCAUUGAUUGCUUCGAAGGGGAGGACAAAUGCCCAUGCGAUCAUAUUAAUAACUGCUGUCCCAUGGACAAAACACAAUCCGUCUACGAUCCAGAUAUAUCCCCAGACGACUCACCCCAAACGGAAGACCACCCUUACCAUUCUUUGACCAGUUCCGUUCUGACCUUACGUCGUUUCGGCACAGUGUCAAGCCUGGAACGUUGUGGAUCAGAAGAGAGAGAAGACAAUAAUAGAAACCAUUAUUCUUCUGAAGAAAGCGACAUAGACGAUGAUCAUGAUCAUGAUGAUGAUGACGAAGAUCUAGGUAUUGAUAACGAAGCUUUUCAACAUUCAUCUAUCAUGAGCUGGACCGUGAAAGCCGGAAGUUACGUGGCUGAGAAGAUGGCUUUUUUCGAGAGGUUGGGGAAAGAAAUCUGUGGAACAACGAAAAUUAACAAAAGCAAAAGACAAACCGCUUGGUGGAAUGACGACAUCAAACAUGAAAUUAAAAUGAAAAAAGCGGCAUGGAAAAACUAUUUAUGUGGCAGAAACAUGGAUAAAUAUGAAGUAUAUAAGAAACAUAGAGAAAGAGUGAAGCAACUUAUGAAACAAAUAAACGAUAAGAAUGGAAUAUUACUAAUGAAUGAAGAAGACAUUAUUAAGAGAUGGAAACAAUAUUUUGAGGAUCUUUUUGAAGGGCAGAGUGAUCAGAAAAAUUUUGUCGUGGAAAGUAGGGCCACAUCUCAAGAGGAAGAUAUGAUAGAGUUAGAGGACGUCCAUUGCACUAUACAGAAACUUAAAAAAGGAAAGGCGGCGAGACAUGACGGCAUCACCGCAGAAAUGCUGAAAAACAUGGGAGAAAAGGGAGAAAAAAUACUAACAAAGAUUUGUACUUUAGCGUGGAACGAAGGAAAAAUCCCAAAUGAUUGGAAAAUAGGGGUCAUCGUACCAAUUUUUAAAAAGGGCAAUAUCACAUCAUAUGGAGACACCAGAAGGCAUGAGAACAAAUGUGAAGAACUGACCUUAAGCGAUCAAGAUGAACAUAGUCCGUCCAAAAGUACUACAACAGAAAGCCAAGUUACUGUUCGAUCCAGUCCUAUAGUACCAGAAACCGUCCAGGUUUGCCGUCAGUGCCACAAGAACUGCCUUUCCAACGUCAUAGCCAACAACAAGCUCAACCAAACAAAUCACGUUAGAGACUGCAACAGCAAUCAGCAAUCUAACCAUCUCUUCAACGACCACAAUCAUUUUUCGGAAAGGCACCAAGACCAACAAUCCAAACAAAAAGAAGAUUCCGAUUGGCAACCACUGCUUUUGCUAGGUCUGUGUGCCAAUCCAGUUGCCAGUCUUGUCAAAAUGGACCCCUUUCAGUCAGCAGCACCGAAAAUAUCAGUGGCACCGCCAACACCAGAGCAUUCUAUGGCAAAUGGUACCGUUGAUUGUUUCGAAGGGGAGGACAAAUGCCCAUGCGAUCAUAUUAAUAACUGCUGUCCCAUGGACAAAACACAAUCCGUCUACGAUCCAGAUAUAUCCCCAGACGACUCACCCCAAACGGAAGACCACCCUUACCAUUCUUUGACCAGUUCCGUUCUGACCUUACGUCGUUUCGGCACAGUGUCAAGCCUGGAACGUUGUGGAUCAGAAGAGAGAGAAGACAAUAAUAGAAACCAUUAUUCUUCUGAAGAAAGCGACAUAGACGAUGAUCAUGAUCAUGAUGAUGAUGACGAAGAUCUAGGUAUUGAUAACGAAGCUUUUCAACAUUCAUCUAUCAUGAGCUGGACCGUGAAAGCCGGAAGUUACGUGGCUGAGAAGAUGGCUUUUUUCGAGAGGUUGGGUGAGGAUUAUAAAGGUGCAGGAGGGUUUUUUGAAAGAUAUUUGAAAACCACCGAGAACCACAUUAACGGAGAGGAGGCCCAAGAAGAGGAAACUUCCGGGGCGACAUCUGGUGAGGAAGUGUGGGGUACCCCGACAAGUGGAGGCGAUUUGGAUGAUCCACUAAAUUCACCGAAUUCCCCAAACUGGGAGGGGAAACUCUCGCCGAAUGCUGGUUCCAUCUCUUCUGACAACCUAGACGAUACCGAAAUAAUGAUGGACGAACUACUUAUGGCGCCCCCUAUAACAGGGGCCGUGUUAAGGGGGUUGCUUCCUCGCCGAACCUUAGAACCACUAAUCGAAGAAGAUUUCUCUGAAACCAGUUCUUCCGAUAGUUCCUCCGAAGCUACCUCUGGGCCUUCGAGCUCUUCUAGACAGGGAAUCCGAACUGGAAGUGCUGCUGACACAUGUUCUCGGGAUGUUGCCGAUCGCGCUCGAAGCGAUCCGACUGUGCCCGAUCGGCCAAGGCCAAGCGAGAGCGCAGACGCCACGACCACGCCCACCACGUCGAUGUCCACGUGGGAGGAGGGCGGGACGACGCGGGCGCAGAGCACGACGAGCAGCGCGAGUGCCUCGGCGGAGGGGGAAGAAGCGGCGCGGACGGACUGCGCAGGAGGAAAGGAAUGCUGCGCAGAAGUCGCGGAUUCUCCGACAGCGCAUCCCUCUCCGAGUAUGCCGCGCUCGGAGAGCUACCGCAAGAUAGUGGAGGCGGCGGAGGAGGCGGCUCUGGGGGCGGACGAGGCUGCGGCGCAGAAAGCGGCGGCAACUGCGCAUCACAACCCCGCGGCUGUGCUGUUCGAGCGGUUCAAGCCGGCGCCGGCCAAGUUCGCCACUAUUGAACGGGUGCCUAAAACGAAAAGUCACAGAAUAUUUGAGUUCUUCAACGUCCGAAGAACUGAACGAAGGAUAUACGAAAGGUAUCCAGAAAACCGCAAUUUCAAUCAAAUGUUCUCCAAGGAUGAGGUAGAAAUAGAAUCGGUACCCAUUCCAUACCCUCCAAAGUCUGUCACUCCAAAACGACUCAAGGACAGGCAACUGGACAGAAGAUUCUGGAGACAACUCAGUAAGAGACGGACACUAGAAAAAACCUCCAACCUGACGGCCUAGUACUUAGUUAUUUUUUUAUUUUACGAUUUUAAGUGUUAUAGAAAUAUUUUUAUGUGAACUUAGUGAACUAUAAAGCGAAAUAGGGGAUACUACCAUUUUAAAAACCGUAUUUAAUACUAAGAAAGCUAUUAAGUAUUUAUGAUAAAUAUAUUUUUGUUGUAUGUGUAGGUAAACUGUGAUGUAUGUUUCUGUGAGGUUGUCAUCAAGUUCAAUUUUUGCUCAGCAAAUACAUGAACCCACAUACUUAGUUUAAGUCGAUUUGCAUUGUAACAUCUAAAAGUAUAUUUGUUUUAACGUUUAUGAACAUUUAUACAAAACAGAUAUUAUUAUUUUUGAUAUAUUAGUGUGUAAUAUUAUACAGUACACUGAAAAA